GGUUAAAAUAACACAGACUCUGCAGAGCUCCAAUUUAGCACUGCUCUCGGAGAAGAUUUGGGAUUUCGGGAGCCCACAGAAGAUGUGUCUGUGUUGCUUUUCCAUAUUUCGUUUUAGAUUUUCCUGACGAAAUCAGGAAUCUCCUCAGCGUGGAGCCUGCCACCCCAACGGUCCCGGCAGCCGCGCCCGGAUGAGGCCUGUGCAGCAUGUACAGUGUCCAAGACCUCCUGGUCUCUCAUGGAUACAAGCUGUCGAGGAACACCGCGGCCCACAGCGAAGAGAGCCCCGAGGGGCGGCAGCGCGCUCGGGCCAGAGGGAGGACCAGCCAGGGCCUGCUGAAUGGCUGCGAGGAUGGCCGCACCGUGCCCCCACAGAGCAAGGCCGCGGGAGGGAGAGGACGCACGAAUGAUGCUGAAAGUAGCCGCCGCCUCCAGAGAGCCCACGGGGAGCUGCAGAGUGGCGCGGUGUCCAGACCCUCGGAUGUGGGGUUCUGCAACCCGCCCGUGCUAGUGUGGACCUCUCAACCCCAGCCGGGUCAGCAGCAGACCUACUGGAGAAGAAGAGGUCAGGAGGCCUGCGGCUUGCUGGCCCCGGGCCCCCUGGAGGAGCUGGAGGCCAGGAGGAUGGCGCAGGCGCACAGCCUGCCGGCGCACGUGCGCGAGAGCCCGUGGGAAGUGUCAGGAAGGACCGAGCAUGUGAUGAAGAAGGCGACGUGGGAGGAAGAGCUGAGAGCGGCGCCGUGGCGUGAGGGCAGCCCGGACGGAUGGGGCCAGCCCCGGAGGCUCGGGCGGCACAUGUCAGACGGCGACGGGGAGCGGCUCUUUCGCGACCUGUACCCCUACGUGCCCGGGGAGCAGGUGCUGAACCCCCAGAGCAGAGGGAAGUCCCGCUCCCUGCCGCGCGUCCUCUCCCCCGAGGGCCUGAGCUGCACGGAAAUUCCCAUUGCUCUGAACGACGGGCACGUGCCGGGGGCCCCCCACAGGUAUCCGCCCAAUUGCGCGCUGCCUCUGGAAGCCCCCCGACACCCCGAGAAGGGCGCUUUUCCCCGGCCCAAGUUUGGGCGACCCCUCCGGCCUCCACCUUACAAUUCCUACCAACAGUCCCGAGGGCCGGCGGAGAGCGGUGGCUCCCCCGACGGCCAGCACGCUGACCCCUACGGCCACUACGCGGCCAAGAGCGGCGCGCCCAGGCCCGAGCUGUGCCUGUCCGACCCGGCCCUGGAGCCGCCCGUGUACGUGCCUCCGCCCUCCUACCGCUCGCCCCCGCAGCCCAUCGCCAACCCCUACUUGGAGGAGCCCGCGCCCAGGCCUGGGCCCAGUGCUCGCAGCCCACAGCCGCACCCCGGGGAGAAGGCGGGCGCCGGGGGCCCGUUUCCCGCCAGCUCCCUGGCAGCUGGGCAUGAGUAUGGGGCAAGCCCACGCUCCCCACGCUCCCCUCGGGGGCUCCCUCCACAGCCCCGGCCCACCGCCACGGCUGCUGCUGCCGCCACCACUGCCCCAGACGGCUCAGUCCUGUACAUCCCCUUCGACGACCCCAGGAUCCGGCACAUCAGAGUGGCCCAAAAUCAGGGUUUCUACGAAGAAGCAAAGCCAGAUGAGAAGGUGCCCCGCUACAGCCCCUUCCCCGUAUCGCAGUCGGCCCCUGGCCCCACGCUCCUUUACAGUGCCCUGGUGAAUCCACAGAGCGGGGCACCCCUGCCAGGCCACGAGGGGGGCGCCGUCUUUGAUCAUCCCAUGCCCCCAUGGCUGUGGGAUCAGCUCCUCAGGGAUGGAGAAAGCAGCGGCUUUCCAGACCCCAGGGACCCCUUUGGCGUCGUGCAAGGGCAGCGGCCUGACCCACGAAGUGGCCGGCAGGGUUCCCGGGAGGCCCCCGCCCCCGCCUCCCCUGCCCCCCUGGGUGAGAGUACGUGUGAGACGCAAACCCGGCUGAGAAAAUUCGAAACUGGGAUCCCCACCAAGAGAAGCGCAAAGAAGAAAACGAACGAAACCAUAUUUUGUUUGGUCUCCAUCCCAAUCAAGUCGGAAGCCCCUCUGCCCGCCACCGAUAUAAACCACAAAGACUUGAAACGGGGCACUGCUCAAAAGAACGGGCUUGAUAAGAGCCUGGCUCUGCGGGAACAAAGCCCGCUGAGCAUGUCCUCCACCGACCUGGAGCUGCAGGCCCUCACAGGAAGCAUGGUCACCCGAGCCGGGCUCCCCAAGCAGGAGCCCGCCCGGCCAGACAUGGACAAACAAGCAAAUGACCUCAGUCCCCUCCCGCCAGUGAGACAGGGAGGACUUAAGUCUUCUGGCUCCUGGCCAGGCCACCAGUACAGAGACCAGCAGACACAAACCAGCUUCACAGAAGAGCCCAAGACCCCGGCACCCCACCCCGCUGCCGAGGUGGGCAGAGGGCCCAACACCGUGCUGACUGCCAAGUUCAUAGACCCUGCCGUCGUCCCUGAAACUCAGGUGCACCCGGCACUGAGCCCCGGUGACUGCAGGCGGAGGCCGAAUGCCUGUCACCUGAAGGGCCAGAUGUCCCUGAACCUGUCUAGCAACAGCGCCUUCUCCAGGACGCUGUCAUCCACCGGCCAGGCCCCGGCACCCAAAGAGAGUCUGAGACAGCCGGGCGCAGAGGGCCUCGGGCACCCAGACAGCCCCAAGCUCCAGGGUGAGGGGGCAAAGGGGCCACCCCCAGGCCCCAGCCACAAUAAGGAGCUCUUUGGUCAGUUCCUUUUGAAGCCUGUGAGCCGCCGUCCCUGGGACCUGAUCAGCCAGCUGGAAAGUUUUAACAAGGAGCUUCAGGAAGAGGAAGGAAGCAGUCACAGCAGCAGCAGUGGCAGCAGCAGCAGUGGCGACAGCAGCAGCUGCAGCAGCAGUGAGGACAGCGACACAGAAUGGCCCCGGGAAGGCCGGGUCCACUCCACGCCCAAGCACUCUGGCUUCCGGGGCCACCGCCAGCAGGAGACAGGAGUGGAAGGGGGCUCGCCCUGGAUGUUGGGGUCAGAGGACCCUGGGUUCAGAGCUGGGGGGAGAGUGAAGAGUAAGUCGGAGAGCUGGAGUGACGAGCCGAGGCCGGCGCCCCCGAGUGACCGGCCCCCGUUCCCCGGGCCCUGUGGCGGGGAUUCCCGCCCCUCGGCCCUCCGGAGCUUGGCGGUGGAGAAGGAGAAGGAGCCCGAGACAAGAGACGAUGUACUAUCAUUCAGCCCCGGGCCCGUGAAAAGAAUCCCGUCGCCUUCCCAGUUCAGUGACAGCAAGCCGGCCGCGGACUCCUGUCCUGCCCACCUGAGAGAGCCCCAAGAAAGGCAGAGCUUGCCCAAUGUUGUCAGCACCCAGGGACCAAGCACGGCCGUCCCUCCCUCGGCAGAAAGUGGGGCCCAGCAGGACCCAGCUCUCCCAUUGUCCCUGGCCAGCAAAGCCCGGGGCCUCUCGGCACCAGACCUACGGUCUGUGGGGCUGCCUCGGCCAGCAGCGCCCAGUGCCAAUGGCUUGGAUGGGUCCCUGGGCACAGUGGGUGUGACAGAAAUACCCCCCAACGAGUCCCUCCAAGAGAGGGCUGCGAGGAUCCUGGGCAUCGAGGUGGCCGUGGAGUCCCUGCUGCCCGGAGCCCGCAGGUCGGCACCAAACCAGUACCCUGAGCACAGUGAACGUGCCUGCAGGCCCGAGCCCCUCCCAGAGGUGACUGUGACCCGUGACACACCAUCCGGGGAAUCCACGGUGUCCGCUGACGCCUUUUAUGGCCGCCGAAAGUGUGGCUGGACCCAGAGCCCCCUGUUUGUCGGGGAGAGGGAGAGCGCGCGGCGCUCCCCGGAGGCGGCCCAGCAGCACCCCGGGGUGGACCCGGGGCCCGCUCCCAGUGCCCAGCGGCCAGAGUCCCCGAAUCACAAGGACGCGCCUUCGAACCCCCCUUUCCGGUCCACCUUGCUCCACGUCGUUGAAAGGUCCCCGAGUGCGGGCGGUAGUGGCAGCAGUGGUGGCGAAAGGAAACUCCGCGGCACCUCCAAAGUGAUUGAGAGUUUGCAGGAGAAGCUGGCGUCGCCCGCGCGCAGGGCCGCCCCCGAGCGCCUGAUGCGCAUGAAGGAGGUGAGCUCCGUGUCCCGCAUGCGGCUGCUCACUUCCCUGGGCGCUGACUCCACCGACUCCACCGAGGACCCUGACGAGCUGUCUGAGCCCGAGCCCCGAGCCCCGGCGCCUGCGGGGCCACCUGGGUCCUCCCUCUCCCUGGAAGAGAAUGGGCACCCCGCAGCGCCCCAGGACCAGAACGCAGCGCACAACUUCUGGUGCCCAGAUUCCUAUGACCCGAGCAGAGUGGAACGGGUGUAAAGAGCAGCUCGUAGAGUGGAACCCUGGAUGUUUGCUGAUGGAGUGUUCUGAGUUGUAUGCGACCUCUUGCCCACACACACGAUGAAAGCCGUUGGAUUUGGGGGAACUGUUCCACCAGAAAACCCAUCACCCCCAGAGUUGCUGUGUGAAAAUAAAGCAGUAGCUCAUCCACACAUUCGAUUUUGUGGCAUGAAGAGUUAGCACCUGUAUGUGGGAGAGUCACGUGGGUCCUCUGGAAUGAUGGAUUUAACUCAGGCGGUGAAUAACUUUGUGUUAAUCUGGUUCUCUGUGAAAGCUUCAGCAUGGACCAUGCAGUGAAUGGUUUUAAAAGGAUGGUGAAUGUUGUCAGUCGAGUCCUCUUUCUGCUCACAGGGAGUUUGGGACAGAAGCCACCUUCUCGUGUGCCGGCACUUUGAGUUUAGGGCAAAUGUGAAUGAGUAUGUAUGAUCCAUUUCUAAUUAAUUUGGCCUUCAGCUGCUGGAAGUCACUUUUACUUACAAGUGACUUGCCAUCAAGAGAAUAGAAGCAAAGGUCUUUUAAGUUCCUAAAAGAUGGAAUUUUGUACUAUAAUGUACCAGGAAUAUUAUUUAUCUGGUAAUGAAAUACUUGGAUCAUUUGCAAACCUGCCUCUGUCUGCUUUGCACUCAGUAUUAUCUAUUUUUAUUUUCUGUAUGGAUGUUUAGAAAUUCUUUAUAUGAAAAAAUAAUUGCUGGUUUAAAAUAGACCAUUUUAACAAAGUAUAUUUCUUUUUACAAAAAAGGCUAUUUUUCUAUGAUGUAAACAGUUGUUAGGUGGCAGAUUUUUAAGGAAGUAUUAUUUUAUUUAAGAGUCUGUAUCCCCUUUUUGUGAGCAGAACCCAAAGAGGUUUCACAUUUGCUUUAGAGCAUAUGUCCCUUUACCCCUUUGCUACUUCACCUUAGAAAGUGAUGUCAGUGUAAACAUAUCACAGGGUUAAUAUGAUAAAUGUUCUCAAAACUUUUAUUUUACAGCAGUAACUAUAAGGUUAUAUUUGAAACUAACCCUCUGAGAGCCAGCCAAUAUCUCCAUGACAAUUUUUUGCUGCCAUACCACCAGGAUUAUUAAAAAAAACAAAAAACAAAAAACAUAGUUUCAUCUUUGUAUGUUAGUGGGGAUCAACCUCAAGAUUAUAUUUUCCUCCUCUUUCCCCUUUUAAAGAAAUAAGUAUUUUUAUCUUGAAUGAUCCUUAGUCUCUGCAUAUUUUUAAGUGCUGGAGACAUUAUAUAUAUAUAGAUAGAUUUAUAUAUAUAUGCCAUUACAAAAGUAUUAUGAGGCCUAUGUAUUCUCCUGUUUACUAUUGCAUUAACCUGCACAAUGUUUAUGCAUUUUUAAAAUGCAUUUGCUAGCUAAUAUUUCCAGAAUGGUUUCUUUGGUUCUCCUGCCCUCCUCUCCUCUCCUCUCCUUGCCUUGCCUCGCCUCCACUCCUCUCUGCUCCUCUCUCCUCUCCUACUUUACUUCUUUCCUUUCCCCCCUCCCCUCCCUUUGAGAAACCAGAUUAUCUAUUUUUAGACAUUUCAAAUUCCUAAAAUGUGAACUGUUGGGUGGUCUACAAUUUGGCCCUACUCUGACUGACUGGGCUCUCACAGCCUGUUUUUAUCUGUACCAUAUGAUUUUAUUUCCUAAGAACUUCAUGUAUUUUGGACUCUAAUAAACAAACAAAACCUAAGUAAUUCGGGGGGUUGGGAAUCUUUUCUAGGACCCUUAUGUGCAAUUCUGGUUCUUACCUAUAAACUUGGCCACCUCUUUCCCGAGUUUGACUCUUGUGAAAAAAGACUUUUGUUUUCACAACAUAAAGAGAUGAGCCAAGUUUUGGUAGGAAUGGUGGAAACUGUUUUCCCAGGAAAAGUUUUGUCCAGCAGAGGUCAAUUACUCUGUUACAGUUGGUGAAUGACUCAAGCCAUCUAGCGAAACAAAAUGAAGGGGUGACUUGGAGGGCUUUGGUGGGGGGUGUGCCCCUUUUUGAAUGCAAAUAAAAGUAUGUGUGUAUAUAUAUGUAUGUAUAUAUGUAUAUAUAUACACAUACACAUUCUAAGUUCAGACACAUACAUAUAUAUUAGUCUUUUCCGACUUUAAAUUUUGUUGAUAAUAUUUAAAGACAUCUUUUAAUCAGAAGAAUUAAUUUUAGCUUAUUCCUCAAGAGAAAGAGAAGGAUCCUAAAGAGAAUAAUUUGCUGUACUAUAUGUAUAUCUCAGAUAAGCCAAACUAUAUUGGUAUUCACUUUUGUUUUAUUCUAAAUUGUUGUGUCUCAUGUUUCUGAAACCAUUCUGAAUAUUACUGAAAUUAUUGAUAUUUAUUCCUUUAACCUUUAUUUCUGAAAUCCAGCCUGUAUAUAUGUCUUGGGAGGAGUGGGAGGAAGGUAGCACCUUCUUGGGUAAAUAAUAUAAUCUGUCAUCAAAUAUAGCCUUCCCAGAGGUUUUGGCCUCAAUGCUAAUAAUUGUUUUAUUAGCUGUUUUUCAUACCUACAUAACUUUGUUAUUAUUCGUGGCUGGAUAAAGUUUUCAAAUUCUGCAUUCAUCAUUGCUUUUUUUGGCAUGACUGUUGGUAUCUUAACAAUUUGGGAUUUAUGAAAUUAACUCUUCUCAUUUUGACCAUUUGUGCUAAAAUUGAUAUGAAGAAUCCCCUGUGAAAUACAUUAGUAUUUCUUGAUUUGAGAGAGAAGCCAGCACAAUGAUAAAAAUAGCUCUGAUUACCUUUUGUGAAAGAUGGUUUCUGAAUGACCGAAAACCAAAUAUUCAGGUUAUCAUUUUCAGCCCCAGAGAACUCCCAAAAGGUGGCAGCCUCCAGAACUCUCUGCCCUGUGGCUCCUGACUACUUGGAUUUCCCUUUUCCCAGGUUCCUUAAAAUAUCUCUACUGUCCAAGUUCCUGGUUCCUUACUUGAGGUGUAGCUUGAGAUGGCAAUUCUGGUUUCUCACCCAUUUGACUGCUGGUCAAGGGAUGUUGUUCAGGGUAAGUGUUUUAGCCAAUGAGCUGAAAGUCGACUGACUUCUGUACAGCCUGGUUUCAGAGGCUUCCCAGCUCUGAGAAGGAGAUAAGAUAGACUCCACCUCACCCCAGUUUUACAUGUGAGCCCCCCCUCACAGACUAUGUUUGUGUGCUCUGGCUUUUCUGUGGUUGCUUAAAAUGAUGCAGUAACAUCCUUCGCAGCAUCAGGUUAGCCUCUCCUGGGAAGUGACCAGAGCAGCUCAUGUUUCUCUCAGUAUCUGAGCUGAGAGAAGCAUUUCCGGUUGUGGAAACGCUUGUUGGUAGCGACAAGAGGAUUCGGAUCAUUGUUCUGCCGGGUGGGUCCAUGAGAGAGAUGAAGCUUAAGGGAUGGCACGGGGUUGGGAGUAUGUGUCUUCUGCUGAAGGGAUUGCCGGCCUAAGAGAUUGCUUGCUUUUCCUUGGGGGCGUUAUUUUUUUUUUUAACUCUGAAGCCCAUGGAUCUGCUUGUGGGAGCAGAGUUGCUUCUCAGGACAGGAUUUUGGAGACACAAUUCUAUGCAACCUUUAGGAAUCUGCCUGGUGGAAGGUCCCUCUCCCGGAGCCUGGGCUGGACCAGUCUGAGACCUACUAAGCUGAGGGAGAGACCAUAAAGUUGCCUUCGAAAAGAACCGUUUCCAGUCUCUAUAUUUUGUUAUUAGAAGAGAAAGAGGGAAUGAUUAAGAGUCUGACUCAGAUGGAGGUGUCUUGAAAGGUUGCUUAUUGCCCAUGCAAACAGUCCUGGGGUUCAUGAGCAUUGUUGGGGAGUGGGCAGAGUUCCUGCGGAUUCCUGGCCAUGACUUGGAGAACUCUUGCCACAGUUGUGUUUACUACAGAGGACAGGGAGGGCCUUGUUCCAUGGGCUCUGCUCUGUGACUGAAACUUGACCUCAGUGUCAAGUCCACACUAUUGGGUCAGCCUGCCCCAGUGCCUUGACUGGGGGGGAAGAGAAGGAGGAAGGAGUGGAGGGAGAGGAGGAGGAAGGGAGGGAGGACUAAGAGAAGGAACCCUUGCUGAAAUGUUCCCCUUUCCUGGAUGCAAGCCAAGUAUGCUGGGCCUGCAGCUCAGCCCCGUCUCCCUCCUCCCUUCCCUCAGCCAUACAGUGGGACCGAGAUGUGUGACUUUGAGGUCACAGGGCAAGAGGGAGACAAAGACAAGUGCAAGUUGAGAAGCAGAUGGCAGAAAUCAGAAAUGAGAAACAUGCCUCUGCCGGGGAGGAAAGCAGGAACAGAGAGAUUAGAAAGCGCCAUGAGAACCGCCCUAAGCCUCCAAACACUGCCCUGCCCAGAGAGCUCAGCAGAAGCAUCUCAAAACACCAAACUCCUAAAGUUUGGUGAAGGCCCUAAGACCCCAUAGACCCUUUGAUUUUGCUCAGCAUUUCAGUUCCCUGGGCACCGUCAUGCAAGUGGCAGGCAAAGAGGGCCUGGGACAUGAUACGACUGGUGUUGGUUGAGGGCCAGGUAGGGUGGGGCAGGAGCCCUCAGAUCAGCUGACCCCCAAGUCCAAGAGCAAUGAGAGGGAAAGGUGAGUAGGGGCGACACCAGCAAAACACAGAUGACUCUCGCCUUCAAGGAAUUCUUGUAUCUCUCUGCACUAUGUUAAGACUGGCUGUUUAAGGUGGCUGGCCUGCUCCUCAACACACAUGUCUGAAAUAAAGAUUUUUGCAUGAAA